UGGAGGAUGAGGAUAAUGAUGCCGGGGGGGACCGGAGAUGACAGGGGCGGUCUGCAUGGGACCGGACACAGUUCCACUGAUCUGUGAUUCAAGCAAGUCCAGGGCGUGGAGCACUGGCAGCGCUAUAUUAGAGCCAGGUGACCUAGAGGGCUACCAGAUGGCAGUCACCACUUUUUGAAUAAAAUCUGCAGGCCAUGAGGUUGUAAAGAUAAUUGAUAUCUUUCCAUCUGUUUUCUCCAGCGAGGCAUUGUCAAAAUGAUUGGAAAACUAAAGCAAAACUUGCUGCUUGCAUGCCUUGUAAUAAGCUCAGUGACUGUGUUCUACCUAGGACAACAUGCAAUGGAGUGCCACCAUCGGAUAGAGGAACGCAGUCAGCCAGUCAAAAUGGAAAUUCCCAAAGCAACAUUAAGAACUGAGCAGAAGGUGAACACUAGCUUUCCAUAUAAUAAGGACAUGCCAUUAAUAUUUAUUGGGGGAGUGCCUCGCAGUGGAACUACACUCAUGCGUGCCAUGCUUGAUGCCCAUCCUGAGAUUAGGUGCGGAGAAGAAACCAGGGUUAUCCCUCGGAUUCUGGCUGUCAAGCAGAUGUGGGCACGAUCAAGCAAAGAAAAACUUCGCCUAGACGAAGCUGGUGUAACAGAUGAAGUUCUGGACUCAGCCAUGCAGGCUUUUUUACUGGAAAUAAUAGUUAAGCAUGGAGAACCAGCACCUUAUUUGUGUAAUAAAGAUCCGUUUGCUUUAAAAUCUUUAUCGUACCUAGCCAAAAUAUUCCCGAAUGCCAAAUUUCUUCUCAUGGUGAGAGAUGGACGUGCUUCAGUGCACUCUAUGAUUUCUAGAAAAGUUACUAUUGCUGGAUUUGAUCUCAACAGCUACAGAGACUGUUUAACCAAGUGGAACCGUGCUAUAGAAACAAUGUAUAAUCAGUGCAUGGAAGUGGGCUAUGAUAGGUGCAUGUUAGUACAUUAUGAACAGCUGGUUUUACAUCCAGAACGAUGGAUGAGAACAUUGUUGAAGUUCCUCACGAUUCCAUGGAAUGAUGCUGUACUACAUCAUGAAGAUAUGAUUGGCAAAGCUGGAGGUGUGUCCCUGUCCAAGGUGGAGAGGUCCACUGAUCAAGUCAUCAAGCCAGUCAACGUGGAAGCUUUGUCAAAAUGGGUGGGGAAAAUUGCUCCAGAUGUUCUAAGAGACAUGCCAGUCAUUGCACCAAUGUUGGCCAAACUAGGUUAUGAUCCAUAUGCCAACCCCCCCAGUUAUGGAAAGCCAGAUCAGAAGGUUCUUGACAAUACAAGACGGGUUUUUAAAGGUGAAUUUCAACUUCCGGAUUUCUUGAGAGAUGCGCCUCAGCCAAAGAAGACACGGGGAGAAAGUUCCUAAGACUGAAUCUGUUGAAUAGCAGACCCAUUUUCUCUGUAGAGGUGUCGUGCUUUCUGUCUGUGGAGUGGAUCCAUGAUGAUUCUUUUCAUGCUAUGAGCAGACUAUGAUGUGCAUUUUUUGGCUCUCUGUGCUGCUUGGCAUCUCUUUAAAACAUGGGCAUGAGUUCACUUGUGGGCAUAAAGGCACUUUCCAUUGCAGGAGGCACCUACUAUCUAGCAGUGGUGUAGUAAUGUAUAUUUACCAGCUGUAAUUGUUUUUAAGUAACCAGAGAAAACCGUGUCUGUUAAAACUAUUCUGCAUCCCAAUUCUUUUUGUCACUAUGUGGCCUCUGAACAUUCCAAUGCUGUGACAUCAAAGUUAUUUUCUUUCAGGAGAAUAGGCUUCAUUACAUUCCACAAAGUAUGUAUUGAAUAUAUGUACCUUAAUGUUUAGACAUGUUUCACCAGCAUUGUAUUAAUGAUCUAUUGGUAAAUGUAUUUUAAGCCAAUCUUAAAGACUCAUGCUUAACAUAUUUGAUAUAUGUUCAUGCACACAUUGGAGUUUAAAACAUGGGUACGAGUUUUGGAAACCUUGAACUAUAAUGUAUACUUGCAGUAUAUAGUAGUUUCAGUACUGAAUUGAUAAAAAAUACAUAUUUUUGGAUUACAUUUUAAUGCAAUGGUACCCUUGUUCAUGUCUGAGUUGAAUACAUUAAAGUUCAACAUUGCCUGCAAUGUAUUCUGUAGUUCAGAUUGCACAUGACACACUGUACAUGUCUUUGGCUGAUCAUUUACAUUACACUUUUCAGUUUUAAACCAAACACUGUGGUUCUUCCUUGGGGGGGUAGGUAUACUUUCCCAGUCAGUACUCUAAAAGAAACGAGGAUCCUAGAUAAUCCUGACACUGCUGUGCAGUGUUCUCCAGUGUGAGUUCUCUUUCUUCUCUGUCACCUAGUUUUACCUAAAGUCAGGAACUUAAGGCAUGCUAAGAAAGGAUGUCUACAGCAGUUUUCAACCCCAAAAUUGCCUGGCUACACUAGAGCCCUUAUGUAGAAAUACAUAAAACCUAUUUCUUUUUAAUUAUUUAAAGUAAACUUCCAAAGAAGUUGGGGUUGGUUUGGGAUUUGAGAAAACAUGUACAUUUACAAUUUUAUUGAUUU